GUCCUCCAAAUCCCUAGCCAUUUUCCUCUUUCGCCGUCGGCCACCAAAUCCCUAGCCGGCGUCGUCCUGCCGUCGCCCACUCCCCGCCUAGCACCGCUCACCGCCGGCGUCGCCGCUUCUGCAACGAGUUGUUCUUCCCCUGAAGCAUGUCUGCAUCGAGCUCCUGCCGCUCUUCUCGCCGCGGCGGCGGUCCAUUCAUCCCCCUCAUCUACUGCCUGUGGGGGUGUGGUUCCAUGGUGAAGAAGCAUGUUUCCGGCACUGAGGAUCACCCUGGAUGGGUGUACUACUGCUGCCCCGGCCAUGGUAAUGAAUGCAAUUUCUGGCGCAUUGGGAGAAGGAGUAUGUUGCUUACUUGGCGGAGAAGAUGUUUCUCACUGGAGAUAAUGCUGUGGAUGCAAUUGGGUGGUCUGAAGACAGGAGAGAAGAGCUGGAGCGGCGCAAUGAAGAGAGAAGAGCUAGAGGGAUGAUGGCAGUAGGAUUCAUGGGUUCAUAAAUUGUUGUCAAUGUGAAUAUGUAAAGCUUGACAAUGAUUAAGGAAGACAAACCUGAGUUAUUACUGGUUCC